AUGUUGACAGUGCCAUGGAGCCUCGAUGUACCACAGAUUGAGGUGGAUGGACUCCAGCAGGUAGCCUCGUUGAGUGACCUCAUGCCAGCACAUGUAUAUAACAUAAGAGUUCUCGCUGUAAAUGAUGUUGGGGCAUCUAACUAUAGUAAUAUUCUCACAGUAACGACAAAAGAGGAAGUUCCUGAGGCCCCACCAAGAGAUGUCAGAGUUAAAAUGAAAGAUUCAGAGACUCUGCUUGUAAGUUGGAAGCCACCAGACAAGCAUCUUCAGCAUGGGGAAAUUAUGGGAUAUUACAUUGGAUACAGACUAGCAAAUUCAAGUGAACCAUUUCAUUACAAGACAUUUGAAGUGAUCCCAGGCAUAGAGCUGCAGAAUACACUAACCAAUCUUCAGAAGUUUACUGAGUACACUAUUCUAGUGCAAGCAUAUAACAGAGUGGGGGCUGGUCCUCGGAGUAAGGAAGUAGUGGCAACCACAGAUGAGGACGCUUGGACUGGAAUUGCAUUUGAAAUCAACUUGGCUAGCAAUUUUUCUAGCUUAGGAAUUACAUACAGGCCUAAAUACAACUGA